CUCUUCCUACUACUCCACACAGCAGUAAUGGGAUAGAAGGCCGAUAUUUUCUUGAUUCCUAUCUCCAAGAUGAACUUAUUGGACCAAUUAGGGGUUUACUUGACACAGGAUCACAAGCCACUAUAUUGUCAUAUAGUUAUUUCCAACAAGAAUCUGGAGAAAGCAGCAGUAAGCGCCAAAACCUACUAUGAUCUGAAGACUACUCAAAAGGAGUACCGAAUUUCCGAUCAGGUUUAUCUCUAUAACUUCGCCCGGGAUCAGGUAAAGGAAAGGAAGUUCCUGCCUUCCUGGAAGGGACCCUAUGUCGUCACUGACAAAUUGUCACCUGUGGUCUACAAGAUCAAAAUUCCUAAGGGGGAUGAAUUUAUAGAGAAAUGGGUGCACAUUAAUCAAUUACGUGUUUGUCAUCCUAGGUCACAACUUCGCCAAAUGGAAGGAUUGCCGGAUGAUGAAGAGUAAAGAGAUAACAAGGUUCCAGCUAAAGACAGAAACCCAGGAUUGGUGCAAAAUGGCACAGAGGGUUGUUGCCGUUAUCUACAUCGUCCUGAUCUUGGGGAAGGAGUUCCAGGCCGAGCCGAUUGCUGUACCAGGCCCUUCAUCUGGGAUCAUGCUACAGGAUACCACGGGAUUCAUCUUGACGAAUAAGAGGAUUCUAUCCCAAAAGAUCUACGUCAGUUUGGACCCACGUGUCUUCGUCGAGAGACAGUUCAACAUUUCUGAGAUUUCGUCUCCGGAGAUAAAGAUUUGGUAUCAAAUGCACAUCGGCUAUUCCCAAGAAAGAGUUACACAGAUCCUGGAACAGACAAGGAAAACCAUGACCAGAGAACAGUUUUCAACAAGUCGACGACCAAAGCGGUUCAUUUCUGCAAUUACAGCCGCCAUAAUCUUUGCCGUAGUGGGCACUGUCAUUGCCACCGGUGUAUCGGCUGUUAAUUCCAUCUCCGUUAAGACAUUGGAACUUGAGAUCGGUUCACUGAAAAGGAACCUAAUGAGUAUUCAUGCAGAGAUGGAGAAUCAGAAGAAACAUUUAUCGGACUUAUAUUCCGUUGUAGAGGAUACUGUCGUUACUACCAACUUACACUCAAAAUUAUUGACUCAUUCAAUAAAUCUUCAGAAAAGUAAUGAACAGUUUAAACAAGAACUUAUUUCCCUAAAAGAACGCAUUGACUUCCAUACUCAAGUCUAUCAUGAUGAAGUACAAAGUGGGAUGCAGGACUUAAGGGAAGGACGCAUUCCCCUGUAUUUUGUUUCUUAUGAUAUCAUUCGUAAAAUGCUACAACAGGUCAGUGAAGAGAAAGUAGAGGACUUUCAACUGAACUUAGCGUUCAACAUGGGGAUUGCCAUACCAUUGUAUAUGGAUCCUAUAAAGAUGGAAAUCUGUUUUCUUCUGUCAAUUCCCGUUGUUUCUACAAAUAAUGUGUUCCAAAUGAAAAGAGUUCAUAAUGUGGGCACUUGGAAAGACAAUAUCCACGUUAGAAUUCAAACUCCUGACAUUGUAGCCUAUCAGCCCUGGAAACCGGACUGGCUUUCUGUCCCGAUUCUGGACAAUUGCGUAACAUUCCGGGACAACAAUUUCCAGUGCGAAGGCGAUCCUUUCAAUUAUGACGCAACUAACACGUUGUGUGGUCUUGAAUAUGAGACACAUGGAUCAGAAAAGUGCCAGGUGACCCUGUCUAAAAUCGAGGAGGAUAAGGUAGUGAACGCUGUUUUGAUACAAGACAAGUGGCUUGUUAGUACCCGUUUACCAGAUAUGACUGUUUUUUCAAAUGAUCAUGUGAUGGUGAAAGUCAUUGCCCUACCUUCUCGCGUCUCCAUUGUAAAAGUGCCCCGUAAUUCCAGGAUUAUGAUUGGAAACCGUACUCUAUAUCCGGUCGACAUAGGGGACGUUGAGGGGGAAGUGGAGAGUAUUGAUGCCUUCCAAAACCAAGAGAUUACCAUAAAUCCAGAUUUAAAAUUUCUGCUAGACAACAAGCCUAGCCACACAGUCCGCAUGGUAAUCAGGAAGGAUAACGUCACCAUGGACACGUUACAGUAUUCUGUGUCGGACACUGAUAUGUUACAUCCUUCUGUGUGGUCAUGGGGGGCGGAUUAUGUAUGGGGUGUGCUGAUUGUCAUCAUUCUGGGAUGGUUAAGUUUCCUGACCAUCCAAGUGGUGCGUUGGUUAAGAUUCUUCAGAAAAACUUUAGCAAAGCUUUGGUUAGAACAUUACAAACCGAAUCUGCGCACCCGGGUUCUUGAAGAACCCGAAUGAAAAGCCCUUUGUGACAUUCCAAUGUAAUCCAACUUCUCUAUUGGAUUACAUUGUGAUGAAGGGGGAUUUUGUUGUGCUUUUUCAUAAGUUUAAACAGUUAUACUUACUUAUUUUAGUUAUAAUGGGUAUUCAUUGCCUUUAAGAGCAA